AUGAAGGACCACGUAGGAAGUGGUAACAGCGUCAAAGAGCAAGAACGUCUAUUGAACGAGGCACUGCAGAAAAUGAAAGCCGAAGCGUUUGAGAUGAAGUGCGCAAUGGACAAGUCGAGGAUCAACGAGGCGUUGAAACACGCGUCUGUCAUGCUGUCAGAAUUACGAACCUCAUGUCUGACACCGAAGUACUAUUACCAACUGUACAUCGAUAUCACUAAUGAAUUGCAACACUUGGCAGUAGCGCUUGCGGACGAUCUUCAGAAGGGCCACAGGGACAGUGACCUAUACGAAAUUGUCCAGUACACCAACAAUAUUAUACCACGUCUAUAUUUGCUAAUCACUGUGGGUAUGGUACUGAUGAAAUUAAACGAGGUAGAUCGAGCCGAAACUCUCAAGGAUUUGGUGGAAAUGUGCACUGGUGUUCAGCAUCCGCUGCGCGGUCUUUUCCUGCGAAAUUAUCUUCUGCAAUGCACUCGCGACUUCCUCCCUGAUCAGAAAGAGGACACAAACGGUGACCCCGAAGCAAUGAUGAAAAAUUCAAUUAACUUCAUUCUGGAGAAUUUUGCGGAAAUGAACAAACUUUGGGUGCGAAUGCAACACCAGGGUCAAAGCAAAGAAAAGGAAAGGCGAGAGAAGGAACGACGUGAGCUUCAGAUUCUGGUUGGCACAAACCUCGUUCGACUGUCACAACUGGAACAUUUAAAUUUGGAAAUAUACAGAAAGACAAUUCUCCCGAAGAUAUUGGAACAGGUUGUCAGUUGCAAAGACCCGAUCGCCCAAGAGUACUUGAUGGAGUGCAUAAUUCAGGUGUUUCCCGACGAAUUUCAGGUCGGGUGUUUGAAUGUAUUUUUAAAAGCAUGCGCUGAAAUGCAUCCACUCGUAAACAUAAAGAACGUGCUGAGUGCCGUCAUUGACCGCCUGACAAUUUACGGCUCUACUAAGGAAGGUCGCCUCCUGACCGAGGACAUCAAACUUUUCGACGUCUUUUCGCAGUACGUGUCGAUGAUCAUUCAGUCAAGACAGGACAUCGCCACUGAGGACAUUAUUGCGCUCCAAGUGUCGUUGUUGAAUUUGUCAAUGAAGUGUUACUUCGAGCGGACCGAUUUCGUUGACAAAGUGUUCGAAACGACGACCCAGUUGUUCCAGCGGGAACAGUCAGAAAAAAUUCCUUACAACGGUUCUGUUGGUAAGGAACUGACAAAGCUGUGUCGUAUCCCGGUGGACGGCUACAACAACGUGCUCACUUUACUGAAAUUACCCAACUAUCAAUCAACCCUGGAAGUGUUUGACUAUCGGGGUAGGAUUCAGAACAGCUUGUACAUUACUGCCAAUAUGCUGUCAAAUGAGACAAUGGUGAUGACGGUCGAGGAGACGAACAGUCUGUUGACGCUGCUCGGAUCCAUGAUCAAGGAUCAGCCGGAUCAACCUGCGGAUCUGGCGUCAAGUGAUGAAUUUGCUGAGGAGCAGAACAGUGUUGCAAGAAUAUUUCACCUGCUUCGUUCACAGGAUGCUGAUACUCAGUACCUUAUACUUCAUUGCGCCAGAAAACAUUUUGGGGCUGGCGGUUCAACGCGAAUCAAAUACGUUUUAGUCCCCAUUGUUUUCGAAGCUUUCCGCUUAGCAAGGGAGUAUGAUAAAAGUGAGGUCAAGAUUUUGUUGCUCAUUUUUCUCUUAAUUUCGUUGUUCUUUACGUUCACAUCCGUCUUUAAGGAUGAUAAAUGGGAGAAAAAGAUCAAGGUCAUUUUCCAGUUCGUUCACCAGACGGUUUCGGUGCUGAUGAAUGACGCGCAGUUUCCUGAUAUGGCAUUGCGAUUGUUCUUGCAGGGGGCGUGCAUCGCUGACGAAAUCAAGUUCGAGUCACACGAAAUCGUCGCAUAUGAGUACAUGUCGCAGGCUAUUUCGAUCUAUGAAGAAGAAAUCAGCGAUAGUCGUGCUCAGCUAGCCGCCAUAACCUUGAUCAUUGGUACCCUACAGAAAAUUUCCUGCUUCAGCGAGGAAAACUACGACCCUUUGCGAACUCACUGUCUUCUGCUUGCUGGAAAACUAUUUAAAAAGCCAGACCAGUGUCGCGCCGUGGCCACUUGUUCACAACUGUUCUGGUCAAGUCGACUGGCAGAACCAAGCGACACGGUGAAAGAAGGGGGACGCGUCGUAGAAUGCCUGCAGAAGGCAGUCAAAAUUGCCAGUCAGUGCAUGGACCCCAUCGUUCAGAUGCAGCUGUUCACAGAGGUCCUAAAUUGCCAUUUGUAUUAUAGUGAAAACGGGUGUGCGGAAGUCACAGUAACUAUUAUCAAUAAGUUAAUGGCGAAGAUUCACGAAACGUUGCAGCACUUGGAACCGAGUGUUGAAGUGGAGCAGAUUUCGAAACAUUACGAAAAUACGGUUCAACAUUUGCGGUUCAGGCGCGAAAACCCAACUGCUGAAGAUCCUCUUGACCUCGCCGGAUUAGUUUUAUAA